AUGUAUGAAGCCCCAGGACCGAGACCUCUGCCCCUGCUUGGUAACCUGUUGCAAUUAGAUCCCAAGAGACCCCACAAAACUCUGUGUGAGCUUUCAAAGGAAUAUGGCUCUGUAUUUACUCUUUACUUUGGAACCAACAAAGUCGUGGUCCUGGCUGGAUAUGAGACAGUCAGAGAGGCACUGGUCAACUAUGCAGAGGAGUUUGGAGAGCGCAACAUCUCCCCGAUACUUAAUGAUAUAAACCGAGGUCAUGGGAUUUUGUUUGCAAAUGGAGAAUCAUGGAAAGAGCUGAGAUAUUUUGCCCUCACCACCCUCAAAGACUUCGGCAAAAGACUUUCUCAUAAAAUCUUGGCAGAGUGUAGCUAUCUCAUUCAAGUGAUCGAAGAGCAUAAAGGAGAACCAUUUGAUACAGCACUUCCAAUAAAUUAUGCAACAGCCAAUAUUAUCUUUUCCGUUGUGUACGGAUGUAGAUUUGAUUACAAUGAACCGAUAUUCACAAAAAUGGUGAAGCGAGCCAAUCAUGCCACAUGUGUCACAGGUUCUGCAUCAGUCCAGCUUCAUAACAUGUUUCCCCGGCUGUUCAGAUGGAUUAAAAACCAUCAGGUGGUGUUAAAAAAUGUUGAGACGACCAUCAGAGAUGUAAAGUAUUUAAUUACGUACCUGAAAGAGACACUGGACCCUGACAUGUGCCAAGGGUUUGUGGACUGUUUUUUGAUUUGGAAGCAUAAAGAGGAAGAAUUUGGAAUUGACGACUCUCACUACAGUGAGGAGAACUUGAUAUUCACAGUGAUUGACCUGUUUGUUGCUGGUACUGACACCACAGCAGCCACACUGAGAUGGGGUUUGCUGUUAAUGGCUAAAUAUCCACACAUACAGGAGCAGGUCCAUGAGGAGCUGAGACAUGUAGUGGGAAGCCGAAAAGUCAGUGCUGAUGAUAGGAAAAACCUGCCGUACACUGAUGCAGUCAUUCACGAGAUCCAGAGACUGGCUAAUAUUCUACCUGUAUGUCUUCCUCACCAAACUAGCCGAGAUGUCACCUUCCAGGGAUACUUUAUCAAAAAGGGAACUAUUGUAUUUCCCCUUCUUACUUCUGUCCUGUAUGAUGAGAGUGAAUGGGAGAGCCCACACACUUUUAACCCUUCUCAUUUCCUGGAUAAGGAAGGUAAAUUUGUCAGGAGAGAUGCCUUCAUGCCCUUUUCUGCAGGUUACAGGAUGUGUCUUGGAGAAGGUCUGGCUAAGAUGGAGCUCUUCCUCUUCUUCACCUCCCUUGUUCAGCGCUUUUGCUUCACUCCUACACCUGGAAUUACAGAGGAUGAACUGGAUCUCACACCAGCUGUGGGAUUCACCACCCCUCCUUCAUCCCAUAAGCUGUGUGCUGUCAGUCGCCAGUGAGAGAGGGCUUAAGCAGGGCUUCUCCUAAGACCCAAACUCUUCCAUCGCAUGCAUUUUUAAUUUCUCUUUGAUAUUUGCUCAUAUUGGAACCCGAUGA